AUGGUAUCAAAUAAAAGAGUAAUAAAAGGUGAAUUUGAAAGACCUAUUAUUGUUGGAUCAAUUUCUAAUUGGUUAGGUAAAAAAGGAGAUGGUCUAACUCAUACCCACAGAUGGACAGCAUACAUUAGAGGUAUGAACAAUGAAGAAUUACCUUUUAUUAAAAAAGUAGUAUUUCAUUUACAUAACAGUUUUAAAAAUCCAAAUAGAGGUAAUAUCUUCAAAAAUAAUAAUAAUAAUAAUAAUAAUAAUAAUAAUAAUAAUAAUAAUAAUAAUAAUAAUAAUAAUAAUAAUAAUAAUAAUAAUAAUAAUAAUAAUAAUAAUAAUAAUAAUAAUAAUAAUAAUAAUAAUAAUAAUAAUAAUAAUAAUAAUAAUAAUAAUAAUAAUAAUAAUAAUAAUAAUAAUAAUAAUAAUAAUAAUAAUAAUAAAUAA